AUGGUCCUGCGUUGCUACAGUCGGCGGCACGUCGUGCCUGCCGCUCAGACACUUGCACGAAACAUCUCGACUGCUCGUGUGGUAGCCACAGCUCAUCCAGAGACGCCAGCAGGCGUCUCUCAGCAGCGCAACGCCGCCGCGAACUCGAGUGAACAACGUCACGAGAGCUGGUCCUUCUUCUUUCCUGAUCACCUUCCUUGGACGCAGAGGCCACCAUACACAUCGCGAGCGAGGCAUCCGCUCGUCAAGAAGCUCAUAUCAGAGAUCUACAGCACCUCGCGCGAACCCGCUGCCAACCGUGUAUGGAAGGCCUACACCGACCUGAAAGAAGCGUACGAUGCCGAUUUGGCAUCUUCCGCGUCUUCUUCCUCGACCUCCCUUCUCUCUCAGCUCGAGCCAGCCCACCUGCAACUCCUUCUCCGUGCCAUCGAUCCAUCUGUAGCAAAGACCAGAAAGCUUUCUCGUGCCGAGAGCAAGCGUCGGCAGAGGAUGCAGCAGCACCGAUCCAUCCUCACUUCCGGCGACUCCCCAUUUAAGAUCCUAUUCGUGGAGUCACACAGCUCUCGAAACGCAGGCAAGAUAUUCGAUGCUCAGCACCCUGUCCGCGAGUACAUGCGCCGCGUACAGAUCAUCUUCCGCGACAUGAGGCUUCAUUCGUCCAUCGUGCCCUCCACUAGCUCGUCGGUUGAAGUUCUGCCCAGCCUCGCCGACUACAACCACGUCCUCUCACGCCUAGCCACAGGCGGUCACAUUGGCCCAAUGUCAUCCAUCUGGAACGACAUCACCGGCACGUCAUCCGGAGCGCGCUCCAAAGGUCUUUUUCCCAACCAACACACGUACAGAGAGCUGAUGAUUGGAUUGAGCCGACAUGCUACCGAGCAAAUUGAGAGAGUGCAGAAGGGCGAAGCCUCCAGGCUCUUCAACUUCUCGGGCAAGAAAAAGGAGCUCGAUAAGUCGGCCAGAGCUGCAGCAGCUGGCCAGGCCAAGUUUGGUCAGAUUCUGGCACCUUCUGCCCGUGCUGCCGCCAUUCUAGCAGCUCUUCGCACCAUGGCGCUGCUCAAGGAUAUGAAGGAUCACGCCGUAACGCCAGGUCAAAUGACGCUCGACUUUGCUGCAAGGACACUCAGGCUCGCAGGACAUAUCGAUGGUCUUCACCUGCUUAUACAGCAGGCGUAUGGCAUCGAUCUCCACGCUCCCGACUCGGUCGAGGCAGCACAAAGGCAACAGGAAGGCCUCGCCCCCACUACCCACACUCUCAACACCAUCCUCAUGGCGCUCGGUGAGCAAGCCAGUGUUCCCCAAAUGAUCUCAGCUUUCGAGACCCUUGCCAAGCCUUUGCCGCUCAACACGUCCAGUGCCGAUGUCAGUGCCUCCACCGAAGGCGUCUUUUCGACCAAUUGGAGGGAUAUUUUCAGCAGCAUGCGAAAUCGUGAUUCUGAGCUCGCACAGCUCGGCAACAGCGCUGAAAACUCCAGCGUUCCAGAGGUGUUUGCCAAUUGCUAUCCACGAAGAAUCUCCCCCAACACCAAAACUUUCCAGAUCCUCCUGCGUCAUUGCUGCAGCGAGGUGGACCCACUUAGAUCACCAGUGGCCCUCAAGGCGGAAUCCAACUCUAGCUCCAUCGCCACGCUUGCAAAAGAGGCUACCGAGUCGGCUCUCGCGGAUAUGCAGGACGGCGGGCUGCGCGCUGCCGAAAUGAAGCGCAGAACCAGCGGAGCAUACAUCUUAUUUGCAAAGAGCCUCCUGUCCGAAGCCCUGGACAGAUCCGACGAUAUCUUGCGCGCAGGGGCUCGCAAUCUCGGCAUCAACGUUGAUCGAUUCGAGCAACAAGUUUGCGCAGCAGACGCUGCAAUCGAUCCUGCUGACGGAGCAUCUCCCGACGCGGCUGCCUCGGCUCAACCACGUCCGGAGCAUCUGCGCUUCUCUGUUACACCGGGACGUGCGACGGAUGCCGACUUCUUGCCGAUCCUGGAGCAACCUACCUUCUCCAUUACGGCCUCCAUGCUGGAACCUUUCAUGUCGUCCGCAUCUGCGCGCAAGAGAAUGGGCGAGCUGCGCUGGCUCCGGUCAACGCUCUCCAAAGCUUUGGAGAUCAAAGCUGCAGAAGCUAAGAUGAUCGACACUGCGUGGCAAAUCUACAGUGCGCGCUACUCCAAGGCGCGUCAGCUUGCCUCGGCGCAAGAGUCCGGCGACCUGUCUCCUUCUGACAACAUGCAAGACCUCGCACCGUUGCAGCUGAACGACCAGAAGUCGAACGAGAUCUUUGCCUUCCUCCAUCGACUACGCCUGCAGCAUCGGAUCGCUACCAAGCAGUCGCAAGCUCUGGAGCAGCUGCUCUACGAUCGACUGGAUGAACGUCUUCGAAAUCUUGCGACGCGCAGAAAUACGCGCCAGAAGCAGCGAGCACUCGCACAUCGAGAAGAACGACUUCGGGCCGAAAAGCAGCGGCUGGAGGAUCAAGAGCGCGAGGCGGCUCGCAAGGUACAGGCGGCUGAAGCGAGAAGGCUUCGGGCACUGCAGAAGGAUCAGCAGGCGGCACAACAAGCUUCCGACGAUAAUCCACGCUCGCACAUCGAAGUUGCCUCAGCUGCUUAA